AAUAAUUAAGGAUGAAAGAAUACCUAUGUAGUGAGUCACUCACGUGGGGUGUUGGAAAGUAACCUGCCUAAUUUAAAUAUCACCUGCAUGGACUUCCUGUAGAGACGUCAGAUCCGAGGAUACUUGUUUUGUUGUUCGAAAUUAGGAAUAUUACCUGUACUUCUAACAACUGAGUCGGCGCCCUCGGAAGAAUGAGCUGAAUUAUUCACCCAGACAUAAUUCCAAUUAUGGGACACGCUUGACUUCAUCAUCCAUCUUCUGAAGUAAUCUCAGGUCAGGUUGAAUAUUUGUGAAGUCAUUGAGUCUGGUUAUGUGAAUUCCCAAAGAAGUGGGGCAGAACCUUGGUUAUGCUUCCUCUGCUUUGCCACAGGAUCCAUGACGCUUCUCCAUUACAAGACGAAGGAUCACUUGAGUAACGAGAAAGGCGAAAUCUAGGAUGAAGACGUGAGGAGGAGAUGACACGCGGUGGAUCAGGGUUUCAACCUCACCUUCACUUUGGGAUGUUUGCCCCACUUAUGAAAUAAACUAAGCAUAUCCUUUCAGGGAGACGAGGGCACAGAGGAAGUAGGACAGUGGAACAUUGGAAGUUGGACUUGCUAGCUAGGUACUCCAGCCUCUGGCCAUGACGGAGCCAAUGGUCCCCAGUAGCAGCAGCAGUGCUGGCCUAACAUGGGCAAAGAUGUGCAAGGAGUGUGGCCAGCAGCACGAGGGAGGCCAGGAGAACCACCUGUAUGAGUACCAGGAUGAGGUAGAUGACGAGCUGGUGUGCCACAUCUGUCUGCAGCCCCUGCUGCAGCCCAUGGACACGCCGUGCGGACACACCUACUGCUUCCAGUGCCUCAGCAGCUUCCUGAAGGAGCAGGACUUUUGUCCCGUGGACCGCCAGCAGCUGCAGCUGCACCAUUGCCGGCCCUCCAGCCUGCUGGUCAGGAACCUGCUGGACAAGCUGACCGUGCUCUGCCCACACCAAGCUGAGUGCCAGCAGCAGAUGCAGCGCUGCGAGCUGCAGCCCCACUUGCACAACAGAUGUCCUGUUUUCAGAAGGCUGAGGGAGGAGGCAGAGAGGAGGAAGAGACCCCCCUGGAAUGAGCUAAAGGGGAACAGGGGGGGGGGAGAGUCAGGCGCUGAUACCAAACAUACCCGUACCGCCACCCGGGACACCCAGCCCGAGCCUGGCCUCAUCAACCCUGCCUUCGAAGAGAGCGAGGACGAGACCUCCAUGCGGUCCAGCCUGGUGGCCGAGGCCAACGUGGUGGAGAUGAUUCGGGAGGAGCAGGAGUUGGGCCUGCGUAUUGUGGGAGGAAAGGACACGCCCCUGGGGAACAUAGUCAUCCAGGAGAUCAUUCGUGACUCACUGGCGGCCCGCGACGGCAGGCUGGCCCCAGGGGACCACAUUCUGGAGGUGAAUGACGUCAGCCUGGCGUCUAUCCCACACGGCCGGGCCAUCUCUGUGCUGCGGCGGCCAUGCCCUCUGCUCAGACUCAUCGUCAUGCAGGAGAAGGGCUUCAACCCUCGUCACCCGCAACGCCCUGGCCUCGAGCACCACACUCCCUCCUCCACCGUCAUGGCCACUGCCUCCCCUCCCUCUCACAGUCCCCACGGCACCGCCCACAACCAGGGCACGGUGAUCCAGGUGACGCUGGUGAAGAGGGAUCGCUCAGAGCCGCUGGGCAUCAAGCUGAUCCGCAAGUCGGACGAGACGGGGGUCUUCAUUUUGGACCUGCUGGCGGGUGGGCUGGCGGCCAAGGACGGGAAACUAUGCAACAAUGACAAGGUGCUGGCCAUCAACGGGCAAGAUCUGAGACAUGGCACCCCAGAGAGCGCAGCACAGAUCAUACAGGCCAGUGAGGUGCGGGUGAACUUUGUGGUGAUGAGGCACCCGGAGCCCCAGGAGGAGGGGGGCAGCGGUGGAGAGGGGCAGGGCCGAGUGGCCAGGAGGGCUCCAGAACCCCAGUACUUCAGACGGCCCUCCACCUACAUGAAGGAUCCACCAGGGGGCUUCUCCAGCCAGGAGAAGAUGGUGAGUCUGAAGAAGGAGCCGAGACUCUCCCUGGGCAUCACCAUCGCCGGGGGGAGGGACUGCCGCAGCCGCCUGCCCGUCUACAUCACCAGUGUCCAGCCUGUUGGCUGCCUGCACCGAGACGGCACUAUCAAAAAAGGGGAUGUCUUGCUGAGCAUCAACGGCGUGGAUCUGACACAGCUGACUUACAAUGAAGCGGUGUCGGUGCUGAAGGCCCAGACGGCUCAGGCCCAGGUGGUCCUCAGGGUCAUCCAGACCAUCUCAGAAGACCCAGAGGAUGAGGGGGAGGGCGCCAAGGAGGCCAUGGAGUCUGUGGAAAAUCCAAGGGAGGAUGACGCCAACUGGGCCCCGUUGUGGACCCGCUGGCUGGGGCUUUCCAGUCACAUGCACUGGUGCCGUGACAUCGUGUUGCUGAAGACCAAUCAGGAGAGCUGGGGCUUCAGCAUUGUGGGCGGCUUCGAGGAGACUCGUGGACAACAGCCGUUCUUCAUCAAGACCAUCGUGCCUGGUACACCCGUCUACCUCGACGGACGCCUCAAGUGUGGUGAUGAGAUUGUAGCUGUGAACGGAGCCACCACGGUGGGCAUGAACAACUCGUCCCUCAUCCCCAUGCUCAAGCUGCAGAAGAAUAAAGUCACACUGACUGUGGUGUCCUGGCCGGGGAGCCUGGUGUAGACACGCAUGCGUACGCACACGAAGAUACACACACACACACAGACGCACACCCUGCCUUCCUCAGCUCCUGUCUCCACUGAGCCUCUUGUCUCUGCACACACCACCCUAGAAUCUCAUUGGUGACAUUCUUGGAAAGAUGGUUACUUCUCCGAUUGAUUGUUAAUUUCACUAGGUAAUCUCUUCUGAUGUGGAUUGUAAUCUAGUURAAUUUGCACAUUGCCCUAGCUGACUAGUGUGACUGAAUUUCACAUUUUAGUUGUUUCACUGCUUUGGUUGUUACUCAAAAGGGUAGUUGAUUUUCUGGCUGAAGAAAUCGGGCUUAUCAGGGUGAAGGAUGAAUUGACCAUCAAAUUGGAAUCCUUAAUGGUGCAAACAGCCACAUAUAUUUAUAUAUAUCACACUCACUCACCGGCCAGUUUAUUAGGUACAC